CAGAUCACCUGACCGGCAAUGGAGGCUGCGGUGCUGCGCGUGAAACGUAAGCGGUGUGCAGACCCGGCGGAGGCGCUCAUUAUCAGCUGCAAGAGACCGCGGGCCGAGGAGAAGACCCCGGAGUCCGUCACCACCCAAGUGUUCAAGCUAGCGGCUACCGUCACCUCCCAGAAUGAACCGGUACAGAAGUACGUACAGGAAGCCAUAUCCCGGGACCGUGCCACCCAGGUCCACCGACCCCACAUCGGGAGCUUGCAGCGGGUCCAGAACGAUUUGAGAGCCUGGAAAGAUGCUGAACGUCAAGAGAGCCGUUAUCGCUUAGUCUCAAGCCUUCGGCCAAAAUGUGGAGAGGGUGAUAAUAGCCAGCCUGCCAGCCCCGUGGAAGAACGCCAACAUGUACCAGAGAAGGUGGAGGCUUCCGCAAAAGAAGAUGUGGACUCCAGGACGGAUGAGACUAUCCAAGUCUUUGAUAUAGAGCAGGAGGAAGUGGAGAAGGAAGCUGUUGAUGUAAAGGCCUCUGACCCAGAAUCCAUAAUGUGUAAUUCUGUGAAGAUGAUUCGGGAACGACUGGCUGUGUCUCAGGAAGGGCAAGGCUCCGAGCACAGGGAGAACCCAGAGGAGUUUGUGUAUGACAUUUACUAUGCAGAGUCGUCUCCACAGGACUGGAUCCAGGACAUUCUCUCUGUUCAGCCAUACCACUAUGAGCAGGAGCUGAUGGCUGAUGAUGUUGAGCCGCAUGAAGUCUAUGAAGAUGAGGACGAUGAGAAUGAAGAAAGCAACUGGAGGAAUGAUUAUCCUGAUGAAGAGGAGGAUGAGGAGUGCAGUAAUCGGGAGGAGAGAUAUAUGGGUUAUUAUGAAGACAGUGAUGAGGACGCUGGCCAGGGCAGAGGACACGCAUGGGAUGCCUACCGUCAUAAAGCACUGAGAGAACUUGAAUAUGAUGAAGAGGAAUCUUCUGACUAAUUGGUAAUUGUGCUACGUUGGAGGGCAUCUCUCUGCAUUUCAAGACCAGUGUUCUGUUUUAAGAGCAAGCUUACAUCAGUUUCCUUCAGUAUAAGGCUCUGUUCACACUGGCGUCCAGCUUCUCUUGCCCCAGUGGGAAAACUUUUAGCCUUAAUUCAAACCUAAAAAUAAAAUAAAAAUGAAACCUUAUGGAAUGUAUAAUGCCUGUGUGAACCACCUUAAAGGGGUAUUCCCAUCUCAGACAUUGAUGG